AUGCUGUUUUCUCUUGCUUCGGUUCCAGACUGGCUAAAUACGACACCUUUCGUUCUCUUUCUUUGGGGAUAUAGUGCCUAUUUAGUGGCACUAGGUAUCUACCGAGUCUAUAUAAGCCCUUUGGCAAAAUAUCCAGGCCCCAAGCUGGCCGGCCUGACGACCCUUUACCAGGCGUACUAUGAUAUUUAUCUUGGGGGAAAGUUCUUCAAGAAGCUGGAGCAGUUACAUGAAGUAUAUGGCCCAAUUGUUCGCGUCAACCCACACGAAAUCCACAUCAACGAUCCUGAUUUUAUCGAGGUCCUCUUUACUGGAGCCACCCAAAAGCGAGAUAAGUACAAGUGGGUCGGAAGGUCCCUCUUGUUGCCGGAUUCUGUUGUAGGUACUAUCGACCACGACCAUCAUCGGACACGCCGGUCUGUAUUGAACCCCUAUUUUUCCAAGACGAGUAUUCGUCGUCUCGAAGACCGCAUUCAAAACACAGCUGGCAAGCUUAUGGACCGCUUGGUAAAAGCAGGUAAAACUGGUGAAAUCUUGCAAUUAAAACUUGCUUUUAAGGCGGCAACCUGCGACAUCAUCAGCGAGUAUUGCUUUGGUGUAUCUACGAAAUACGUAGAGCGUGAUGAUUUUAAUCGUGGGUGGUUCGAUGCUGUCGAUGCCAUGUUCAAUAUGGCAUGGUCGAUGACGUAUAUCUCCUGGUUGGGGCCAGUGAUGGCGAGACUUCCACCGUCUAUCAUCGGAAUGAUGCAUCCUGGUCUGAAGUCUUUAUGGGACAUGCAUAGUCGAUGGAUCGACCAAAUUGAAACAAUUCGAAAGAAUGGAAAGCCUGGUGGUGCAGACGCUACCUUGUUUCACGGUAUCUUAAACAGUAACCUACCACCAGCUGAAAAAACAACAGACCGAUUACGACAAGAGGCACAAACAAUGGUUCUAGCAGGGCAGGAUACUACUUCAUUUACUCUUACCUGCACUGUUUACCAACUCCUAUCUCGCCCGGAUAUGCUUAAACGAGUCAAGGCCGAGCUCGAAUCUGCAUUGCCAGGUCCAAACAGCCCGCCCUCGCUGGCUAUUGUUGAGAAGCUUCCGUAUCUUUCCGCUGUCAUUGCUGAGAGCCUCCGUGUUUAUCCGGCAUCUCUUUUUCGAAUGACUCGUGUGGCCCCAGAGCAUACUAUGGUCUAUCAUGACAAGGCUUCUGGCAAGGAUUGGGUCAUUGAACCCGGCACACCUACCACAAUGACUGCUUUGGACAACAAUAUGAAUCCUGACAAGUUCCCGGAUCCAUACAAGUUCGACCCCGAGCGAUUCAUUGGAAAUCCGCGUCUAGAGAAAUAUGUCCUGACAUUUUCCCGAGGAUCACGCAUUUGUCUUGGAUUGAAUCUUGCGUAUGCGGAGCUCUAUAUCAUUUUAGCCAGUAUCUUCCGCAAGUUUGACCUUGACGAUGGUACUGGGAAGCAAACUGGCCCAACUUUGGCAUUGUAUGACACCACCCGAGAGAGGGACAUCGAUACACAGAGAGAUCAGCUUAUUCCUUGCCCCGUCGAUGGUAGCAAAGGUACCCUUCCGACUUGGACUUUGAGCAGACAACGCCGAGUCUUAUCAAGCUAUUCCGGGCGCGCUGCGACUCCACGAGAACUCCGAAAAUCAUGGCCAGAUUACUUACCAAAGCUCCAUUUCACAGGCGAUUACUGCGAUGUCUACCUCACGCACGACUCGAUGAGCGUGCGCAAGGCGCACAACUCGGGCCGUAACCACCUGAGGAACGUCGUCGACUACUACCAACAAAUUGGCCAAGAGAAGGCCCAAUCGGUCAUUGACUCAAUCACCUCAUCCUACGCCGCUGAGGGCCAACCUCUCCCCAAUCCCGCAAUGGCCCCCGGCGCUUUCCCGCCGCCCUUCGGCUUCCCUGGUAUGGGCCUACACCCUGACUUCAAUCAUGCAUCCAUGACUUACAAUCCCCAAGGUCGACCAGGACAAAUGCCUCCUCCCCCCUUCGGCAUCCCACCCCCAGGAGCCCCCGGGGCACCUGGCAUGCUACCUCCCCCAGGCGCCCACGGCGGCCUCCCCUUCCCACCCCCCUUCAACGCAACAGGAACACCCCCAACAGGCGGCUUCCCCCCACCUCUCCCAAACAUGCCCCAAGGCGCAGGCCUGCCUCCUCCACCCCCAGGCGGCUUCCCUAACAUGCCUUUCCCUCCUCCCGGUGCAGCAGGCUUCCCGCCUAUGCCCGGUGCCCCUAUGGGAGCUACGAAUUCGCCUAUUCCUACUGGUCCUCGUGGCUCGGAGGGAUAUCCUCCCCCUCCUGGUGGUGGUGGUGGUCCUCCUCCUGGGAUGGACUCUAGGUGGUGA